CCGGGGGGCGGGCCGAGGGAGGCGCGGUCUCCUAGGUCCAUGGCGGGCGUCUUGCUGUUAGCGCGGUGCGCUGUGCGGCUUCCGGGGAGUCGCCUUUGGCGUCUCCGGCCUCGCGGACUCGGGGUCUGGGCCCCGGCGGAGGGGACCUCCAGAGCCUGGGUGAGGCAGCUCUGCGCGCUGCGAGCGGAGGCACGAUGGACCCCGGAGCUCGCUCCCGGCUGCCGGGGAGACCGGCCCCUGUGCACCGCGACGCCUCCUCCGCCAGGGUCGUCGGGCCGCGAGCCGAAGGGCAGCAGAGACCCCACGCGGCCCUCCAAGCCCGGGCCUGUCUCCUGGAAGUCUUUAGCAUUCACAUUUGCUAUUGGUGGAGCCUUAUUGGCUGGAAUGAAGUACUUCAAGAAAGAAAAGACAGAGAAGCUCGAGAAGGAACGGCAGCGAAGCUUGGGAAAGCCUCUCCUCGGGGGCCCGUUUUCCCUCACGACUCACACCGGGGAGCCCGUGACUGACCAAGACUACCUGGGCCAGUGGGUAUUGAUUUACUUUGGCUUCACUCAUUGCCCCGAUAUCUGCCCAGAAGAACUGGAAAAAAUGAUUGAAGUUGUGGAUGAGAUAGACGGCAUUCCAACUCUGCCAAAUUUAACUCCGCUUUUCAUCACUAUCGACCCAGAGAGGGACACCAAAGAAGCCAUCGCCAAGUAUGUCAAAGAAUUUUCUCCCAAGCUGGUUGGCCUGACUGGCACCAAAGAAGAGAUCGACCAGGUGGCCAGAGCGUACAGGGUGUAUUACAGCCCCGGCCCCAGGGAUGAGGACCAGGACUACAUCGUGGAUCAUACAAUAAUAAUGUACUUGAUUGGACCAGAUGGCCAGUUUCUGGAUUAUUUUGGCCAGAACAAGAAGAAUGCAGAAAUCGCAGGUUCCAUUGCUGCGCACAUGAGGGAACACAGGAAGAGGAGCUAGCCCGAGCAGCGGGCCCGGCAGAAGGUUCUCUUGCCAAAGAGGAAAACAGCUUUGUCUCCCAUCGGAGCCAACAUCUGCCUUUGUACAUAUUUGUAACCAACUGACGGCCUCCAUGCCGUAAGAAAACAUCUGUAUUUUGGGCAUUAUGGGUCCAAUACAAAUGGGUAUGUUGUUACCCAAGGGUUCAGCCAAGACCGAUACGUAGAACCGUAAAGAUUACAACCCAGUAGUCGCUUGAGACCAGAGGACCACGUUACCGUGAAGCCAGGGCUGCACUGCCCCAUGUCAGCGGGUCAGCCCUGCUGCCUCUCCGGUGCCCUGGACCCUCGUCACCCGGGCUAUGGGGCUGAAUUUCCAGAAAGAGUGUCAACCCCACAGUGCCCUUGCUUUCUUCUUUGAGUUCUUGGUGGCUGAAAACACCAAAAUUAAAAUCAGGCUCUUGGACAUUCAUAGUUGGGAUUUUACACUUGCAAGCAUUUAGGUCCAGUCUUCCAUGCAAGCAGCUUCCACGGUCGGGUUUGUGUUGUGCUCCUGCCGGCACCUGCUGAUUUUACUAACGAGGAGGAAAUCUGCGGCUUGGAGAAGACAGAUCAGUCUUUAACGGGAUUUUCAUUGAAUUCUGCUGGGUUUUCAGUGCCCUACCAAAGGGAUAGACGAAGAACUUGAAGGUGACAGGGACACAGGGCCCUCUGCCUCCUGGGUUGCCGUGGGCGUGAGAUAAAGUGUAGUCCUUUUGCAGCUUGGA